AUUUGGGCACACGCCACGUUAGUCUGGUAGAAGUAGAAUUGAUAGGUGAUUCGGAUCCGAGAUUGCAGAGCAAAUUAGGGUUCUACGAUCCAAGUACACUCGAAGAAGAAGACGAGUCCCAGCCUUUCUGUGUUGCGACUGAUAAUCAUCAUCUACAUCUAAUGGCGACCCCUCCUGGCCCUUACUCCGGCACCAGCACCCUCGCUCUGGUGGCCCGUGCAUCAGCAUUCACCUUUGGUUUGGUUUACGGAAGCAUUAAGCUCAAGGUUCUGAAGGCAAAGGCCAAGUCACAUGCGAAAGCUGAAGCCAAGGCCCAUCAUUGAUGAACGCAUUUAUUGAUGUAGCUUGUAGGCGAUGGAAGAGAUGGAAAUUGCCGCAUAGGGAGACUCUGAUCAUUGGUUGGAGAAAUGUGAUUUUUGGCUUGAUAAUUUAGUAGGUUCUGUUUUUUUACUUCUGAAACAAAAGAAUUUUUUUUUUGUUUAGAUGAGGUUGGUAUUGCAAAUACUAUAUGGUGUAUGCUUAGUUUUUCAGUUCUGAUCGGCAAUUCUGCGUGUGAGGAUGUUCUUGAAAUAAAGGUGAUACACCAUCUGAUAAAUAAAACUGGUUUGAGAUUUUUGUCUAUCACAA